AUGAAUGAGAAUAUUGGGGACAUCGUCUUAGAGAAAGCUCCAAAAAAUGCAAAGUAUACUUCACCAGAUAUUCAGAAAGAUAUUUUGAAUAUUUUUGCCAAUCAAGUGAGAACUAAGAUUCGUAAAGAAAUCGGGGAUGCAAAAUUCUGUAUUUUAGUUGAUGAAGCAAGAGAUACAUCUAACAAAGAGCAGAUGGCUAUUGUAUUAAGAUUUGUGGAUAUUAAUGCAUUAACUGCAGCUGCUGAAAAAGAGGUAUCCAUUUGGUUAUUCUUUUCAAAAUUGAAUUCAAUUUGUAAUCUCUUUAAUGUGUCUCCUAAACGUCAUGCUGAGUUACUUUCUGCUCAAAAAGCUGAAGUUGCGCAUAUAAUAGCUAUUGGUGAACGUGAUACUGGUAGAGGAUGUAAUCAAAUUGGAAAUUUACUACGGCCUGGAAAGACUCGCUGGAGUUCUAAUUUUGACUCAAUUUGUAACAUGAUUGAUAUGUAUAGUUCUGUGAUUACCGUAUUAGAAAACAUGGUGUAUGAUGGGUCCUCUAACUCCAUCCGUGGUGAAGCUAGUGGUUUGCUGAUAGCGAUGAAGUCUUUUGAUUUCAUAUUCAUAUUACGUUUGAUGCAAAAGAUAAUGGGGUUAACAAAUCUGCUUUGUCGAGCAUUGCAAGAGAAAUCUUUAGAUAUUUUAAAUGCAAUGGACUAUGUUUCAACUACUAAAACUUUGUUUCAUACUUUGAGAGAAGAAGGAUUUGCUAUUCUACUUAGUUAUGUGAAAGAAGUUUGUACCAAGUUUGACAUUGAGAUACCUCAAAUGGAAGCUCCUUAUAAAUCUGCUACAGGUCGUUCUUGUCAACAAAAUGAUUCAAUCACAGUUGAGCAUCACUAUCGAUUUGAUGUAUUUACUGCUGCAAUAGAUUUUCAAGUUGAAGAGCUUAAUAGUAGAUUCAAGGAUGAGGCAGUGGAACUUCUUAAGCUUAGUUGUGCUUUGGAACCUAAAGAAAACUUUAAGCUUUUUAAUGUUGAUCACAUCUAUCAACUUGCUGAGAAAUUCUAUUCUCUUGAUUUUGAUACACAAGAUUUACACCACUUGAGAAUGCAAUUGGAGCACUAUAAGAUUGAUAUUGUUGGCCAUGAAAGAUUUCAGAAUUUAUCAACUAUUUCUGAAUUAUGUCGAAGAUUAAUUGAAAUAAACAAAUCAGGAAGUUACAAUUUGAUUGACAGUUAA